UUAAUGCGGAAGCGCUCACUGGUGUCCAGACUUUCAAAUUCACGUUUGUUGUUUUUCUGCAAAUCUGAAGUAAGCGGCUGUUGUUUAUAAAUGGACGGUGACUCGAGUGAAGUGAAACAGAAGAAUGUUAACAGGAGAAGAAAGAGAGAGGACACUGAGAAUGCAGACGGAAAGAUUGCUAAAACAGAAACUGGAUCUGAGUCUUGCUUAGAUGAGUCAGAGGAUCAGAGAAUUGUCCAUGAAGUCAUAACCUUCAAGCCAUCUCAUCUGUCUGCACAAGACUACGAUCAGGACACGACUGAGCCCAUCAGCUCUGCCUUGAAGUCUUUAGAUGAGCUGCUUUCCUGGAAGCAAAGCAAUGCAAAUCCAUUCAACAGGGCCACCGUCCCGUUGAGGAAAAGAUGGCCGCCACUGAAGGACUCUUCGAUGAGGACCCUCGUCUGUCAUGACAUGAUGGGAGGAUACCUGGAGGACAGGUUUAUUCAAGGUACAGAGGUGGACACACCGUAUGUGUUCUAUCACUGGAAAUAUAUCGACAUCUUCAACUACUUCAGCCAUAAUAUAGUGACCGUCCCUCCUGCCAUGUGGACCAAUGCUGCUCAUCAACACGGCGUCCUCUCGUUAGGCACCUUCAUCACAGAGUGGGUGGAGGGAAAGAAGAUAUGUGAGGUUUUCCUGGCCGGAGAGGAACAAUAUCGCUCAGUUGCUGAUAAACUGGUGCAGAUUGCGCACUGUUACGGGUUCGACGGCUGGCUCGUAAACAUAGAGAAUGUGCUGAGUAAAGAUUCUGUGAAACACAUGGCUCCAUUCCUGCGCUACCUCACUGAUCGGAUGCAUGAGCAAGUUCCUGGCAGUUUGGUGAUCUGGUAUGACAGUGUUUUGGAGGAUGGAAGUCUGAAAUGGCAAAACCAACUCAACAACAGCAACAGGGUGUUUUUUGAUGCCUGUGAUGGUAUUUUCACCAACUAUAACUGGACGGAGAGCAGCCUGGAAGAUAUGGCGUCCGAUUUAGAAGCACAGGGGCGUCUGGCCGAUAUUUACAUUGGCAUCGAUGUGUUUGCAAGAGGAGACGUAGUAGGAGGACAGUUUGAAACGAAUAAGGCUCUUGAGCUAGUGCGUAAACACGGACUUUCUACAGCCAUCUUUGCUCCUGGUUGGGUUUACGAGUGCCACGACAAGGAGAAUUUCCGCAAGAACCAGGACAAAUUUUGGGGCUUGUUAUCAGACUUCCUCUACAUUCAUCGUCCUGAGUGUCCUCUUCCCUUCGUCUCAUCGUUCUGUCAGGGUUACGGAAAGAAUUUCUACUGGAGAGGGAAGGUAGAGCAGGACAGAACCUGGAUGAAUCUGAGUGCUCAGGAGCUGCAGCCUCUUUAUAUGAUGCAGAAUUUGGAAGGAAGAGGCUGGUUUCAGACUCGAGGCUGCUCAGAGGAAGUGUGGACUGGAGGGAGUUCACUACUUCUGGAGGGGACCAUACCCAGUUCCCUGUCCAAAAUCUGUGCCAGGAUAUUUUCACUCCAUGUGCCAGUGGCCUCGAGGAUGUUCAUCUCAUGCGUCUAUCAGCUGUCAGACAGAGCGAAUAUCUCUUUGGAGCUCAAAACCACCGACACUGCUCUCUGUACACACACAGGAAAUGAGGAGAUGCCGACCAGUAAUGUGAUUCCAGUGGGGUUGGAUGAAGAUCAUGAGCUGGUGAAGCAGUUCACUCAGAGCUGUGGAGAGCGGAAAGCAGAUGGUUGGAUUACCAGGUGUUUUCUGCUGGAGGUGACCGGCUGUGCCCUCAGAGAGGUGUGUGUCAGUGUGUCUCGAAAAGAAGCAGAAUCACAGGAGCUUCCGUUUAGCUGUCGGAUCGGAGAGAUCAUGGUGUUGGAUGCAGAGAAUCUCUCCACCCCUCUGUUGCCCAUCCAGAACAUGCGUGUGUCUGAUGUGGUGUGGCAUCAAGGAGAUGUUGAUGUAAAUGGAAAAGCUGUAAAGGUAUUUUUGAAUGCUACGCUACGCUGGCGCUACCCGAUUCAACUGGUACGAUGUUUCCGCGUGUUUUGGCGUCAUGUACGUGGUCCGGACCCGCGAGUUGGGCCUGGAACGGCUGUUCUUAUCGGUCGGUCGUAUUCAUCACAAUACCGUGUGGUUGAGCUCGAGGUUAAACACACGGCUGGAGUGAUGGAGCUGCUGGUGGAGCCGGUGAGCAGAGAGGGCUUCAGUUUUCCCGAGACACACUGGGGGAGACAGACACUGAGCUAUACACACUCUGCUGAUGUAUAAACCUACACAUGCUGUACACAUGAACAUUUUUUUUUUUUAAGCGUUGAUGCUUCAUGUUGCAUUUUAUAAAAUACUAAGCAACACAUUGUUUUCAGGUGUAAGUGUAUUAUUCCUGUAUUUGAGAAAAAUUGAGUUUUUUUUUUUUUUACUCUAAAAGUCAUGACCUAUGUAUUUUCAAAUAGUAUACUGCCUCUUCAGCUCGCUGCCUCUCUGUCAGUAAUUUUCCUAAGAAGACCCCCAGUGUUUAUUAGCAUUAACUGACUGAUGUUUGGAAACGAGUCAGCAAGUAACUGGUUAAUAACUGCUGAAGCAUUAAAUCCCAAGACAGUCAUGCAGCAAGCUGCUGAUGGAGAGAUUUAUCUUUGAUGGAGCAAAUGACUGCUUUAUUAUAUCUAUACUCAUCACCCACUGGCCAUUCUGUUCGGUCUACCUGCAGUAUUGCUCGUUUCAUCACCCCUCUACCCAUUAUACCGUAGACAUUGUUUUUGCAGCAGAAUGUUGCGAUAGCAUCGACAUGGUGUUUCAGGUGAGUGUAUCAGGGACUGCAGUUUUGUUGGGUUAAUGAUAUCUUAAAGCUAGACUGCCUUUCAGAUUUUUCAAGUUUAGGUCAUAAAAGAAUUUUCCCUGACACCCAAAUAUUUUUCUUAAGUGGACCGAAAGUUACUGAAUUCGAAUCACAGGCGUCCAAUUUUAUUCUUUUUUUUUUUUUUAAAUAGAAGAAUUAAUGAAUUUAGGGCCAUGUGGCCCUAAAUUCUCUGCUGUUUUUUUCCUGCUUCACUAUGACGCAAUACAAGAUACUAUGUCAUGCAUCAUGUAGUGGGCUUUCCCCGUUCGUACAAGGCAUUGUGGGAUACAGAUUUGAAACAGGAGAGAAAAAUAGAGGAUGCGAAUGAAACGUGAAAGACCGACUACAGUAACGGAAAGCGAGAAGAAAAGACGUUAUGUUGCGAAGGAAAGGAAACGCAGGAUCAAACUAAUAAACAUCGACAGUCAGCGAGCACCUCUGUGUGAUCAGCUGUUCGUUUAGUGACAGAAUGAUGGAACUGUCAGUGCACCGUCAAGGUAAACCUGUAGAUGGCAGUAAUGCAACACUGGAGCCUAGCUGCUGUAAAACCCUAAAUAUGAAGAAGACGAUGACAAACUCAGGGAAGUUUGCGCAUGCGCACACGGACUUCAUCUGUCUGCUUGACUGCGCGAUUUCAUGCACAUUAUUUGCUUGGGAAUCCCCUCAAAUGAAAUAACUUCUCAGCCACAGAAUGGCCUGUUUUUUUAGAUAUUACAAAAAUAAACGUCACAAUGACCAAAUUUCAGCCAGAACUAAAUUUCACCGAUUUUAUGAAAUCGAAAAGCCGUCUACUUUUCAUGUCACUGUCAAGUUGAAAAAACAGUUCAGUUCACCAACUGACCGUAUCCUGUUAUCAGCAUUCUGUGGUUAUAGACACUGAUGAUGGAGCUAGAUUAUCAUUAUCACUAACACAAAUUAUGCCGAGAAUAAAACAGACUGAUCAACAAGGUACACGAUAUAGCUUGUGGACACCUGACCAUUACACCCAUGUGCUUUUGGAAGAUCCAAUUCCAGCUUUUUCCCUUGAGUUAGCCUAGUGGUUAGCGUGACACCCCCCCACCCCCCGACCAGGAGAUAUUUAGUUGUACUCAUAGUCAGGUCAUACCAAAGGCCAUCAUAAAAAUGGUACUUACUGCCAUCUGGUGAGGCACGCCGCAAUACAGAUGUGAGUCAGGAGUCAAACUCUUGCGGUUACCAGAGGACCAGCCCCCCACUGUAACCCUAGCUAUGUCAUAGGCGAGAGGCCAAGGGCUUUAGAAAUGGAGAUCGGUGCUGCCUGAUGUGCCUUGAGGGUCUGGUUAGUACUUGGAUGGGAAAAUACCAGGUGCUAGCACAGGAAGGACUUUGACUUGUUUUUAUCAUUCCGGCUUUAAUCUCUUACAGUAACCUCCCCUCUUCUGGGAAGGCUUUCCACUAAAUUUUGAAGUGUGGCUGUGGGGAUUUGUGUUUGUUCAGCCGCAAGAGCAUUAGUGAGAUCAGGCACUGAUGUCAAGCAAAGAGUCCUGGGGUGCAGUCAGAGUUCCAGUUCAUCCCAGUGGGGUUGCGGACACUUGAGUUUGCCCACUCCACCUUUGGCAAAUCGUGUCUUGCUGGAGUUUGCUUUGUGCACAGGGGCAUUGUCAUGCUGGAACAGGUUUGGGCCUCUUAGUUCCAGCUACAGCAUACAAACGCAUCCAAUACAACUGUGUGCUUCCAACUUUAUGGCAACAACCAUAUAUUGUUGUGAUGGACAGGUUUCCACAAACUUUUGGCUCUAUAGUGUAGCUGUUUAAGAAUACUGUGCAAAUGCUGGGCUACCGUCAAAGUGAAUUACUCUGUCGAGUAGGUGGACCUGAUGAAAUGGCCAAUGCAAGGUAGCCAAGGUACAUAGUAAAUUGCCCCCCAAGUGCAUUUUGUUGGGGUGGCACGGUAGUGCAGUGGUUAGCACUGUCGCCUCACUGCAAGAAGGUUCUGGGUUUGAGCCCAAUGGCCGACGAGGGGCUUUUUGUGUGGAGUUUGCAUGUUCUCCCUGUGUUUGCAUGGGUUUCCUCCGAGUGCUCCCCCACAGUCCAAAGACAUGCGGUUAGGUUAACUGGCUACUCGAAAUUGCCCGUAGGUGUGAAUGGUUGAGAGGAGUAGACCUCUAUAAAUAAUCCAGUAGAAGGCAAUGGGAAACCACUACUGUAAUUCUUUCCUAGUAAUGUGGACCUGCCAUCAGGCAGAAUGCUAAUGAAGAAAAAGUGCAUUUUGUUAUAUUCUUGGUGGAUUCUUAACUAAUAAACUAAUUUAGUACCAUUGCCACUGAAAUAAAUAUAUAAAAGCGGCAAAGUUUGUUUGGUUGUUUGUCUUGAGCAAAUGUUGCCAUUUCUCGAUGGACUUUCACCAAAUUUGGCAAGUAGGUCUGGGGAUGACCUGGAAUUUUGCACAUAUAAGCAAAAUUCAUGUACAGGCCCUAGGGAGGUCCCUGGGGGGCACAACAUCCACCCACCCACCCACCCCCUCCCUCAAUGCCUUUCACGUUACGUUUAUCAACACAAACUGUCGACAGAUCUUCACUAAACUUGGCACAUAGGUACAGGAGAUAGCCACAAUUUGGUAAAACUCAGAAAUUCCAUAUCUGGGCCUUAGAGGGUCCCUGGUGGGCCCCUGGGUGGUGGAUGUUUGGAUUUUUGUUUGUCUUGGGUUAACAUCACCAUUUCUCAACGGAUCUUCACCAAAUUUGACAUGGAAGUCUGGGGGCAACCCAGAAUUUUGCAAAACGCGGGCAACGCCGGGUAACCUGCUGGUGUGUAUUAUAUAUCUCAUCUCAUUAUCUCUAGCUGCUUUAUCCUGUUCUACAGGGUCGCAGGCAAGCUGGAGCCUAUCCCAGCUGACUACGGGCGAAAGGCGGGGUACACCCUGGACAAAUCGCCAGGUCAUCACAGGGCUGACACAUAGACACAGACAACCAUUCACACUCACAUUCACACCUACGGUCAAUUUAUGGCCCUAUUCCACUACCCUUUUUCAGCUCACUUCAGCCCGACACGGCUCACGUUUCGACUACCUCAGAACAGCACGACUCAGCUUGCUUCAGCCUUACUCAGCACCCAAAACUCGCACGGUUUUGGAGUGGGCCUGAAGCGAGCCAAACCGAGCCGAGUGGGGCUAGGGGCGUGAGGAGACACUCCCCUGUGCACUGAUUGGUGAGGAGGAGUGUCCUCACAUGCCCACACGCCCCGCGAGCACGCUGGGAUCUGUAAACACCGUAAACCCGGAAGAAGAAGAAUUACGAAUUACGAGAAUUCCUGAAGCCUUAUGCGCCUCGCCUCAUCUAUACGCUCUUGCCAGUACUGUUGGCGUUGUCGGUGACAACAAGGCACAGCACCAAGACCAGCAACACUAACGACUCCAUGUCCUCCAUGUUUAUUGUUUACUAUCCGGGUCAUGAGACUACCGCUUAAAAGGUCACUGAUGUCACUGUUUGCACCGCCUAACGACAUCACGUGACGUCCACCCACUUUCGCUAACUCCACCCAAUGUGUCCACCCACUUCCAGCCAGCACGGUUCAGCGCGGUUGUAGUCGAAAUGCAACUCCAACAGCCCCACUCAGCUCGACUCAGCACGGCACGGCUCAGCCCAACUCAGCCGCGUUGGUAGUGGAAAAGCGGCAUUAGAGUCACCAGUUAACCUAACCUGCAUGUCUUUGGACUGUGGGGGAAACCGGAGCACCCGGAGGAAACCCACGCGGACACAGGGAGAACAUGCAAACUCCACACAGAAAGGCCCUCGCCGGCCACGGGGCUCGAACCCGUGAGGCGACAGUGCUAACCACUACACCACCGUGCCGCCCGUGUAUUAUAUAUAAUGUAUAUAAAAUAUUAUUCUGAAAAUUCAGUCUGUACAGCAAAUGUUUAGCUUAGUGCACAAUGUGAUAUGUUUGCCUGUCACCGAUGUGGAUCUUUUUUUCAUUCACUCAAUUAAUUAAAAUGUCGGCACUAAGCUGGUCUGCUCAGUGGUCUGGCAACAAAUUAAUAAUUCAUCUUGUUCUACAGCAGAGAAAGCGUCAUAACUGAUGCUUUUACUAAACUGAGUUGAGAAUUCAUUAAUAAGACUUGUGUAGAAAAAGAUUUUCAUUUAUUUCAGAUUAUCCAGUUAAUACAAACAAGUCAGUUUGAUCAAACACAAGAGACUGAAUUUUGGUGUGAAGCCAGAAAAAAAGAAGCACUAAUUUUGGUGAAGUGUGUGUUGAUUGAUUGUCUAAAAUGGACAAGCAGCUUUUUUUCACUCCUGUCGCGUCACCAUUUUCAACAUCCUCAGUGCCAUCGGGCCCUGGUCAGACGGGAUCUAUGCGUAAGAAAAAGAAACAGAAAAAGAUUUUUGUCAUAGUUUAACCCAUAGCAAAAUUCAUGUUUUUGAAGAAGUAGUUUAGUUUCAUAAUGCUUGUAUAAAAUUCAUCAGAAAUAAUUAUGAUUAUAGCCAAAUUGAGCUGGUCUUUUGGCAUCAAGAAAUAAACUCCAGCCUUACUGGGGCAACACGUGAUUCUCUAGUAUUUAAAAAAUAUAUGUAUAGGUUUGAAGUAAAACUGUCAAACAGAGUGCUAUAUUUGUCGGGAGCAUUUUUAGGAAGUGGAAGUAGACCAACUUCCUCUUCAAGUCAUAAGAACAUGACAGUGAAUGUAUACAUUUAUACAUAAGGGCUGUUCACACGGCACAUAUUUGCAUCGAUGCUGCACCGAUGUAUUUUGUUGUGAUAUAUCUUACACCGGUGUAAAUUUUGUGGAGCGUUCACACGUCAUAACCUGCUUACUACAGAGAAGCGUGUUAGCACCGGUGCAGCCCCACUUGCGUUCACACAGCAGUUUUUGCGACCGUGCUAUACGAUAGUAAUAAUGCGGAAAUGAAAUAUGCGCAUGCGUGAAAAUGUACUUCCUUUUCCCGGUUGUCAUGGCAUCACCAAGCGCCGGGAAAACGACGUGGAUGAAGACACCAGUGUUGCCAGAUACUGCUGACGUUUUCCAGCCCAAAAUGUGUUCAAAUCCGCCAAAACGCACUUAAAACCGCCCCCAAUCUGGCAACACUGGAAGACACGCAGUUCUGUUGUUGUUGAUAUUCGCCAUUUUGGAAGCGCAAAAUACCAGGAUGCAAAUUAUGCAAUGCCCGUAUGUAAUCAACUCUCCUCACGCGUAGCGAGUCUACCCCUGUAGCGUUCAGACGUCCCAUUUUAUAUCGGUGCUGCCCCGCAAACUAGCAUUUACUCCGGAGUAAAUUUCUUAAACCACCUCCCGAGCAGGGUUAGAUUUGCACCGGUUUAAGCAGCUUUCAGGGGCUACACCGGUAUAACUUUGUACCGUGUGAACGCUCUACCAGGGCAGCCCCGGUGCUACACCGGAGUAAAAGUUGCCGUGUGAACACCCCUAUUAUUUAUGGUGUAUGCACUUCCUCCCAAGCUUCACAAACACUUUGCCUGACUUUUGUCCCAAAAAGUCCCAUGAUCCUGUUCUGCUGGACUGUUUCUUACUGUAAUGUUGCUGAUAUUAUUCAACAAUAUAUCCUUGUUGUUCUGUACAAUCGAGAUACAGUAAUCGCACAUUAAGUAAGGAUCAAACUAGUUCGUUACCAUGUGUCCAGCUUUGAGGAUCCAGUAGAAAGCAAAGUUCUUGUAGAUUUUAUAAAAAGCUCCAGUUUGUCCUGUUGACUGGGGGUCUUCCAGAGCAGUCCACUUCAUCUGGUUAAACUGUUUAAGUCCGUCCCAUUUCAGCUUUUUAACCCAAGCUUCCUGACCUGCAACACGUGCACAUGCUGUUACUUAUAUUCAUGACACACGGUGAUCUUAAAGCCUGUACUUAAGUGUACUUGAUGUAUGGAAAAAAUUGGUUCGAUCUGAUAACAUUACAUACUAAGUGAAUGAAAUUGCCUAUAAAUAAAAGGGGUGAGUAUUUGGAAUG